UUAACAAAUUAGCUUGUUAGCCAUUUAGCGGCGCGUUUAUGGUGUUUUGACUCUAAAUACGAGGUUACAAAUACACGAACGCGUUAAAAUGGAAACUUUAUUCUCAUUCGAGCUAUUAGUGGAUACGAUUCAGAUGAAUAUCGACACAAAAGCGUCUGAGGAGCUGGCUGUAGCGCUGCGUCUGCUGGACUUUCCUACGCUUAUUAUUUAUCAACCAAAACACAAAGACCUGAAUCAAAAAGAGGGCGAAUAUACUUUUAAUAGAGGCAAGGCUUGUUUCUUUAAAAUGAACAUGGACACGCUUCAAAGCCAUUUGACAAGCACACCUCUUUACGCAAUGGUUUUGGAUGUAAAAGAAGAAAUACCCAAGUUUGUUGGCAGCUCGCUUAUUUCUCUCACUAAAGUCAUGAACAAAAUAAAACAAGAUGCCACUGAACGUGGUGUUUCUACUCCUUCUUCACAUGGACAAAGAGGAACUGUUGGAAUAUCUAACCUCAAGGGAGUGAAAGUUGGGACACUUUUCCUCAGUUAUAAACUUCUGAGCCUGGGUAGUAGUUUAAUACCACAUAUAAAUGAUAAAGUGGACUCUACAAAUGUGGAUGUAUGCUUGAAAGACAAAAUCAACAAGAAAGAAUUUGAUGAAUUGCCUGUAAACGCUGAAAAUCUGCAGAAAUCAGAUCAAGAUGAAGGCUCUAAGCUUUCCAAUGAGGAAUCCAUUAAACAGGAGACAUUUCCCUCUGAGUGCCAAGAAAUAGACAGUCAUGAGGAAGAGUGCAUGUCUAUAUUUUGUCCACCACACCUUUAUUACAAUAAUACUGCCAAAGAAAGCAGAAAAUAUGAAGAGGAGAACCGCAAACUACUGGAAUCAAACUUUGAGAGUAUUCCAGUAGUGAGAGGAUUCCAGGAUGAGAUUGCUCAAACUGUGCACUUAAAGGAACAGAGACCUAACGUUACAAAUUCUAGCCAAGAAAAACAGCAAAUUUCCACUGGUGAUGUGACCCCGAAUGUCAUUGGUCAAGCCUUACGACAGAUGCCUCUUCUCAAUGCUCUCCUUGUUGAACUUUCACAACUAACCUCUUCCAAUGUCAAUCAACCUCUGACCGUUCACCCCAAUCUGUCUUGGAUAUACCGUCCCGCUUCCACAGAAUGCCACAAGUCCUAG